AUGAGAAAACCACACGUACAUGCUUUCUUAUAUAUAUCAUCACAACCACAAAAUGUCUUGACAUUCGUAAGAACAACAACUAUGGCUUCUACCUUUUCACCAAAACAUUCUCAUGGCUAUGCCAUUCGAUCCAUAAGCUUGCCAACAAGAUCACACCCAAACACGGUUCGAAUCGAAGAAGAGCUUAACAAGCUCAAAUCAUGGGAGGUUUCAUCUACCUCUGAAGCGGAGAGAAUUUUCUUCGGUCUCUCAGGCCUUGCAGAGUUGUACAAGUGCAUGGAAGAUCUUCUGAAAUUGCCACUCACCCAACAAGCACUCUCUCUUCAUCAGAACCAAAAAUGGGUCGAUGAGUUGCUGGAUUGUCCACUCAGAUUCUUGGACAUUCUGGGAGAAACAAGGGAUGCCAUGAUGCUGAUGAAGGGAAACGUUAGAGACCUUCAAUCAGCACUCAGAAGGAGAAAAGUUGGAGACUUUGUGAUCGAAAACCAUGUUUCUUCGUAUUGGAGUCUCAGAAGAAACACAAGGAAACAAUGUACGAAAUCUCUUGUUUUGUUGAAGCACAGUGAAGGGUCAUCAUCAUCAUUUCCUUUGGAUCUGAAUCAUCAUCUUUCAGCAGUUGUGAGGGUUGUAAGAGAAGCUAGCUUCAUCACCAGCUGCAUCUUUCAGUCACUUGUGUCGUUUCUUUCUUCGCCGAUCUUAAGGUCGAAGGUGAAUAACAAGUGGACAUUUGUGUCGAGAGUGAUGAGAAAAGGAACACUUGUUCAGAAUGUGAAUGAAUUGGAAAAAGUGGACUUGGCACUUUGCAGAAUGGUGAUGGAUAAUGCAGAUAAAGAUUUUGAAGCAGAGAAUAUUCAAUGUGCGAAUAAAGAGCUUGAGGCUGUGGUGGUAGUCAUUGAAGGGCUUGAAAAUGGAUUGGAUUGCUUGUUUAAACGCCUUAUUAACACUCGAGUGUCUUUUCUCAAUAUAGUGUCUAACUAAGGUAGAAUAUGAUACACAUGUAGAUUUCACAAUUUCU